CUUCCAGAAAUCGGGCCACCCAGGACAGACUACAACACUAUUUUAAAUCAAGUUGCAACCACUCCAGUGGUUGUUUAUGAUGAUGCUUUUCAUGUCAUCUUCUCCAGACAAUGAGGAUCCCAUAGACGACUGUCACACUAGCAAACAGUCUCCUUCAGAAGUUCGCAGACUGUCAGCUUCAAGUUUCUGCACUUUAGAUUUAGUUUGUUGUGGUUUGUGCAAGCACUUGAAGAAAACGAGUGCUGACUGGGCCACCCCAAAAUAAGCCAUGGCCCUCCAGCUAAUUUCCUCUGGAGCUGGGUCUGCAGCGCUGCUGUGGCAUUUAGUCUCUCUGGAAAAACCAGUGAAGAGAAGGAGCAGGCUCAGACUGACCAUGGUUGAAGAACCCAGAAGCAAUGUGUCUUUUCUUGGUUGUAGAGCGGUCGUUUCACAGUCGGGAUGUUGUUGGUUUGAUUCUCCAGCUCCCCCUGUCCAUGUGAUGAAGUGUCCCUGAGUAAGACACUCCACACUGCUCCCAGUGGACGGAUUGAGCGCCAUGCAUGGCAGACGCCUCCGCUGGUGUGAUGUGUGUGAAGCGCUGAGAUCUGCUGGAGUGUAGAAAGUCCAUUUUAGCUGGAGUUUACUGGUCAUGGAAUGAUUCCAUAAGUUCUUCUGACCUUUCAGACCAGUUUUGGGAUUCUGUUCUUUUUCUUUUUGAUGUGUCUGUUAAUUCCCUUCUUCUUUCUGUCCUCUGGAGGUCAUGGGGAGAUUUGCUGUCCGAUGCUUUUCCCGUCAUGCUGUUUGACAGGAGCAGGACUGAAGUCAGCCUGAGAGAGGGCAUGCCCAGAAGGCUUUUACUGGCUAACGGUAGUGAUGUGAACACCAACCGACGGCUGGCUGCAAUCCUGCGAGCUGUGGCUGAUGAUCUGGAGGAGGAGGUGCAGAAAUUCAGUCCCACUCACAUGAAAAAGGAUUUCAUCAGCAACAGACUUCCACCGUACUGCCUCCAGCAGCUCCCAGCUGGGAGGAUGCCUGCUUUGGAGGACACAGUUUUUUUGCAGUUUAAAGAUCACAUGGUCAUAACGGUAGAAUCCUGUCAGCAGAACACAGAUGAGGCCACCGAGCAGUUUGUCUGUGUGUUCCAUUCUCUGAAGAACAGCAGGGAGAACCACAUGAUGGGUGAAAUCUGUGAUGGAGAGCAGCAGUGGGACCACUCUGCGGGGCUCCGGUUCUCCCUGUCUCACAUCCAGGCCCUGCGACAACUGUUGCAGUCUGAACAGCUCCCUGUACGACAGAUCCAGCUGCCAGAAGACCAAGACAAGCUCAGUUUGAGUCUGGCUUUGUGGAGUGAAGGUCUGCUGCAAGUCCUCUGAUCCUCCUCAGUGGUACUGCAGUUAGUGGUGAGGCCUCGGCAACCAUUGCCUUUAUUUUCUGAAGCCGCUCGAUGGCACUCUUGCUUUUAAGAUAGAGGCUGAAGGACUGACAAUGAAGUGUGCUCUCAAACAUUUAUUAAACAGAUAGGACCAACUAGUGGCUCCAUAAAAUAAAGAGAGUGGUUCACGAGGCCUCAUUUGCACAUUACCAACUCUCUCUUCCGUAGUUUUUUUUGUCUUUGGUUAGACAGACAUUUAGAUGACAGUGCCUCUGGUAAAGGAAUGCUCAGGA